ACAGUUUGACAGCACACUUUUUUUUCUUCCUCAGGUGUGUUGUCGUGAGCUCCAGACACAUUUGCUCGAUCUGAUAUAAUAUGAUAAACAUGUUUCUCACGCAAAGAAAGCCCCAGGGUCUAUAAGAGCCACUAGGAACAAGGUCCAGGGUACAGACGGACCUGGCAGACACACAACAUGGCCCAGAAGACAGUUCUGAUCGUGUACGCCCACCAGAGCCCCGGCUCGUUCAAUGGGGCGGUUCGGGACGUGGCGGUUCAGGAGCUGACGGAGCAGGGAUACAGAGUCAUUGUGUCCGAUCUGUACGCCAUGGACUUCAGAGCCAGCGCCAUACAGGACGACAUCAUCGGUGAUCUGAAGAACUCAGAGCUUUUCCAGUAUGGAGAGGAGACCAUGUACGCAUGGAUGGAUGGCCGCCUCAGUGAGGACAUCACAGCAGAGCAGCGCAAAAUAGAGGAGGCCGAGCUCAUCAUCUUCCAGUUUCCUUUGUAUUGGUUCAGCGUGCCAGCUAUCAUGAAGGGCUGGAUGGACAGAGUGCUGACACAAGGCUUUGCUUUCUCCCUGGAAAAGAUGUACAAUAACGGUAUUUUCAAGGAUAAGAAAGCAAUGUUGUCCUUCACGACUGGAGCAACACAGACUAUGUUCCGGCCUGAUGGUAUCAACGGAGACAUCAACAUCACUCUGUGGCCUCUACAGAAUGGCACUCUGCACUUCUGUGGAUUUCAGGUUCUUGCUCCUCAAAUAUUCUGGAGUCCAGCUCACUGUCCUCACAUGGUGAGAACCGCUAUGCUAGACGGGUGGCGAGCCAGACUAAAAGGACUGCUGGCAGAAAAGCCUUUGACUUUUGCCCCCUGUGAGCUGUUUGACCUCAGCUUUCAGGGGGGCUUCUUGCUCUGGCCCAAAGUGAGAGAGGAGCAAGAGUCACAUCCCUACGGCAUCACCACAGGACACCACCUAGGAAAGCUGCUGCCCCCUGACAACCAGACCAAAGCUCAGCCCACAGAUGAAAAAUAAACCAAACUCCAAGAACUAGGACCUUCUCUUUACCCAUGAAAGUGUCUUUAAACCAUCUGUGUAUGUUACAAAAUCAUUUUAAUACCGAAGUAUGUGAUUUUAUAAAUGCUUUAUGUUUGUUUAAGUAGAAUAAAAUAAUCUAAAUAACAA